AUGACCACAUGCUUGCUUCUUCUUCUCCUGGUGCUUUCUGGUUCUCAGGCAUCCCAUUACUUUGGGACAGUGAUGACCUUUACCCCUAAAGAAAGCACGGAUGAUGGAUCUCUAAGGGUGGUCUUUGACUACAAGUUGAGCUUUCGCUCAUGCACAGAUGAAGACAAGUGGAGCUGUGCCAGCGGUGACUGUGGUAGUGAGAGUGUGGAGCUGAACAUCGUGGAUGAAGAGGACAGAGAGUGGUGUCAGAGGGAAGGAGUCAUGACUCGGGAGGUUUCCAGCAACUCUCUGUUUCAGCUACGUUUGGCUGGUGGUGACUGGAUUAACAACAAAAAUGGUAUUGGUAACUGGAAAGCUGUAACUCAGGUGGACCUGAGGACUCGAUCUGACACAGCUCAACCCAACAAAUCACCUCAGACCACCAUCCUGCCAGCUCUGAGAGUUCCUUCAAACUGUAAGAGAGAAUUCAGCCUGUUGGCCUUUGAUCCUGAUGGAGACAAGGUUCAAUGCAGAUAUGGAGACACAGCAGCAGAUGAGUGUAAUCCUUGUACACCACCAUCUCUUCUAACCAUCACACCAUCUUGCAAACUGACCUUUCAUUCUGCGAGUAGGAGUGAUGAAGGUGCAUAUGCAAUACAGCUGGAGAUGGAGGACUUCCCCAAGCAGACCAUCUUUCUCCAUCAAAGUGAUGAUGUGGAGACAACAAGGACUCCCAGUGAUGCUCUCAGCAAAAUACCAAUCAGAUUUGGUCUAAUAGGAUUCAUCCUGACCUGGACACCAUCUGACAGUGAAUAUGAAGAAAACCAUCCCAUCUGCUUCGUAGUCCAGGCAGAGUUAAAUACAGCCAAGUAUCACUCUGAGUUACGCUGUGUGAUUGUGAGCAUUCAAAUUAGACCAAUCACCACUCCUCUGCCAACAACUGUUCUGCCUUCAACAACCACCCCAGAACAUACAACCACUCUUCUGUUCAGUGACGACGGCAUGGGUGCUGGCAAAGUUGUUGGUAUUGUGUUUGGUGUUGGAGCCGUCGCAGCCAUUGUUGGCAUUGCCUUGUGGGCUUUAAAUCGAAGUUCUCCUGUGCUCUGGUCUCUACCUUACACACCUUGA